AUGGCGACGAAGCUGUUUUCUCCGGCGUUGUCUUGUCCAUGGGUGACUUCAAGAGAUGUGGUAAUCAAAGGGCUUCUUCCACGGCGGAGACGGGAAUGGGAAACGAAGCGGAACAGAGCCACCGCCGUCACCGCCAUGGUUGUGGAGCCUCUCUCCGCUGUUUCUUCAUCGGCGAUUCAGAUUCAUCAAUGGUGGGAGCAAAAUCCUGAGUCUUUACUGUUAAUGGCGGAGACUGGUGGUGGUUAUUCGUUGGCUAGCUACUACACGUCUUUGGGUUUGUUCGUUAUCUCAGUUCCUGGUCUUUGGUCACUCAUCAAACGCUCUGUUAAAUCAAAGAUAGUGAGAAAGACGUUUGUAGUUAGCGAAGGAAUCAAGAAGGAACCAAAGCAAGUUGCUGGAGAGAUUCUCUCAUUCUUCAGUAGGAAGAAUUUCAACAUUACUGAUCGAGGAGAAACAAUCACGUUUGAAGGAAAGAUGGUUCCAAGUAGAGGACAAGCUGCUCUGCUUACGUUUUGUACAUGUAUAAGCUUAGCAAGUGUGGGUCUUGUCCUAACCAUUACAGUGCCUGAUGUUGGAAACAACUGGUUCUUCAUUACCCUUCUCAGUCCACUCGCAGGAGCGUAUUACUGGAAAAAGGCGUCGAGGAAAGAGGAGAUAAAGGUGAAGAUGAUGGUGGAAGGAAAAGGGAGGAGAUUAGAUGAGAUUGUGGUUCAAGGAGAUGAUGUACAAGUUGAAGAAAUGAGGAAGGAGCUUCAGCUUAGUGAGAAAGGUAUGGUUUAUGUGAAAGGUCUCUUUGAGAGAUCAUGA